AUGUCGUCUAGACGUGAUGUGGGCGUCCACCAUCGGAAUAUUCAGUAUACGUUGCUUGUACGUCAGGGAGGCUAUUUGUUCUCGCCGCCUCGGAAAGCUGAAGAUGUGGAUGGUUACAAACUACCUUUGUUGGAUCUUCUGCUGACUUCACAUCCAGAGAACAACCAAGUCUCCGUUGACACUCCUUUGGGUUUGUCGGAUCAAUGCGGGGUCCGGAGUACUGUGCUUACUACACGCCCUCCACGCCACGCCACGCCCAUAUCGCCGCCGUAUUUGACACUACGUCCGAGUUUUGGCAAGAGAUUGGUCUGCCCCACUUCGGGGAACCGAGCUUCUCUCGCCAAAGCUUAUCAAGGGAAUUUCUAUCACCCCUUCACUCCUGCACAGGAAGGAUAA